UUUUCCCACAAAACCCUUUUGCAGGUCAGCGAAUACAAGAUGCAUUGUUUGUGUCCAAUAAUACUUGUCUUUGCACUGGUGGGGUAUUCCUAUGGAGCUACCAAAACAAAGUGCCAAGUUGUACAAGCAUUACGCAAUCAGGGCGUACCAGACAGUGAUCUUAGAGACUGGCUGUGUUUGGUUAAACACGAAAGUAACUACAAAUAUGACGCAGUAGGUACAAAUUCCAAUGGUUCGAAAGAUUAUGGUAUAUUCCAGAUGAACAGUAACUACUUUUGCGGAAGGCCAAGCGGCACUAGUUCCUCCACAUGUUGGCGAGUUAAUACCUACGGCUGUGCCGACACUUGCAACUCAUUCACUAACUCGGACAUAUCAAACGAUGCAAAUUGUGCCGUCAGGGUUAAAAAUUGUGGGGGUUUUGGCAAAUGGUAUGGUUGGAGAUAUCACUGUUCCAAUGUCCAGGGUUCAGAAUACGAUUACAGCUCAUGUUAAAUAUUUUGGACGUUUCACAAUAAAAUAACAUUCAAAAGAAGACAAAUAGAUUUUUCAGCAGACUUAUAUUAAAAUUGUAUCUUCCGCAUA